GUGGAGUUGAAAUAUUCGGUGCGUGAAAAUGCUGAUUUCCAUACUCUUGAUGGCUCUGUACAGGCUCUUCCGGCGGAAGGAUCCUGAGCCUAUUUUCGGGGUUUAUCAGCAGCGCGGAAAGUGGUUCUGGCUCAAGUACAUCAUCUUCAUUGUGAUCUUCUACAUUCGGAAGCUGCGCUACAGGAAAGGAUCGAAUCGGGGCGGCCAGGGUGCCAAGUCCAUCGCGGAUCCGAAUCUGAUGGAGAAAGUGCAGCCUCUGACCGAUCAUCCCAAAGCCUUUGACGCUGUGUUCUAUAUUGGCGCCAAUUCCGAUGGCUAUCGCUUUAUCAUGGGCACUGAGCGGCGGCACAAGGGCAUCGUUCACGCCGUGCUGUAUUUCGUCAUCCCGGACAUUGGCUUUAUCUGUCUGCCGCAGUUUCCGGACACCAUGAUGUUCACCACGAGCUUCGGCAAGGAGGGCAACGCCUUUGGCGGGCCGGGAUUCAUUAGCGAACCCAUUCUGCCCAUGAACAAGUGGCGAUUGCGGUAUCGCGGCCAAAUGCGCCAAGGAGAGAAGCUGCACGACGUUGAAUUCUCGCUGGAGUUCCUCUCGCAGUGGCCCUUCUUUGACUUCGACAGCGAUCUCAAUCCCAGAGCCCUGGCUGAGGCCAUGGCGCGGGAGAAGUGGACGCAGGAGUACUUUGCCUAUCUUAAGAGCGCCCAUCAGUCGCACUACGAACAAAUGGGAUCUAUCAGAGGCACGCUGAAGAUCAACGGCGAAUCCAGGACUGUCGAGAUGCGUGGCUUUAGGGAUCACAGCUAUGGCUUCAAGCGCGAUUGGAGUCUGAUGCAUCGCUACGCCUUCAUUGUGUUCUUCCUGGAAGAUGGCCGGAGUGUGUCCAUGGGCGUCAUCUGCCAGCCUUGCACCUGUUCAGUAUUAAAUACAGGCUACAUCUGCUCGAACAAAGGCAAGCUGUCCGCCAUCAGCUGGUGUGAUUUCGAACUCUAUCAGCACGGUGAGGGCGGAAUACCUCCUAAGGACUUUGCUUUCCAAUUCUCAGCCGGCGGACGAACGCAUACCGUUCAAAUACUCGUGGAUCACGAAAAUGUCCACUACGUGGGGUCGCAAUGGGAGGCAAAGAUGUUCGAGAGAUUCAUCUCAGUCACUAUGGACGGCGUUCCUGGCUAUGGCGUGGCGGAGUUUCACUACAACAACAAGAGCGGCCGUCCGGAGGAGUUCCUGACCAAGGAUCCGCAGUGGUACAAGAACGUGCUGGCCAGGGAGGCUGAAUACAAGAAGCUGGAGUACACGUCACAGCGCUGA